GAGCGCCGCCCACACGAUGGCGGACCACGUCGCGGAGGGCAUCCAGGAGGACUCGGAAGUCGACUGGGCAAUGAGCAAGUUCGACUUGGCCUUCCAGUCGAGCCGUCGAGGGACCAUCCUGCGCAACUUCGGCGUCGCCUCCUUUUCCAUUUGCAUCGGCUCCAAGCCUGGUUCCGACGGCUACUUCGUCUGGAACGACACGAGCCACCUGGACUCCCCGCGGAGCUUCGUGCGGCUGCCCGUGGCCGGGGCCCACACGUGGACCGUCGACCUGUCCGGGGUCCGGCUCACGCCCAGCCUUCGGCACUUCGAGGACGGCCCCAUCGACGUCGGCUGCUCCGCGGAGCAGCCCUGCAGCGCCAUGAUCGACAGCGGCACCGCCCUGCUCGUGGUCCCGAGUUUCGCAGUCGACGUGUUGGCCAAGCAGGCCAACAAACUCAACGAAGACUGCAGCAACAUCCAGGAUCUCCCGGAGCUCAGCUUCACAAUGCACGGCUCGACCUUCACGCUCCCGCCAGACGCCUACAUCGGCCAGGUUGCCGGGGAGGUCCCAGCCUACAUGCAGCUGAGUCCGCAGAUGCAGCUGGGCCCGCACCUGCAGAGGCUGGGUCCACACCUGCACAGCCGGCGCCUGCGGAACUCGAACAG